AUGUCGACUACCAACGGAAAUGGAUCAAUUUAUCCUAAUGGGACUAAUGGAAACUCUGAUGGCUUAGCCACUGACCCUCUUCAGCCAUACAAGACCGAAAGGUUCGAUGACGGGUUUAGGUAUGAUACUAUACAGGUUCACGGAGGCCAUAGGCCCGAUAAAGUGACACAUGCAAGAGCUGUUCCUAUUUACAAUAGCGUGUCUUUUGUUUUCACAGAUAGCGAACACGCUAGAGGAAUCUGCUCCAUGAAAGAAGGCGGUUUCUUCUACAGCCGUAUCUCUAACCCCACGGUUGCUGUUUUUGAGAAGCGCUCUGCAGCUCUUGAGGGAGGCACAGCAGCCGUUGCCACAGCCUCGGGACAAGCUGCUAUAUUCAACACUAUUAUCUGUCUUGCCGGAGCUGGUGACAACAUUGUCGCUUCAAUCAACCUAUACGGUGGCACAUACAGCCUUUUCAAAACACUUCUGCCACGUCUUGGAAUUACUGUUCGAUGGGCGUCGCGGGAAGUACCGCAGGAGUUUGCUAAGCAUAUCGACGACAAGACAAAACUACUCUUUGUCGAGACUAUCGGAAACCCACGAUGCAGCGUUCCUGAUCUCCAGGGGUUAGGCGACUUGGCUCACGAGCAUCGCCUUCCGUUUGUGGUUGACAACACAUUCGGUGCCUGUGGAACCUGGUGCCGGCCCAUCGACUUCGGCGCCGACAUCAUCGUGCACUCAGCUACCAAGUGGAUGGGUGGCCAUGGCACCGUCGUCGGCGGUGUCAUAGUAGACUGCGGCACUUUCAACUGGGGUGAGGCUGUUGACCGCUUUCCCAAGAUGCUUCAGAAGGACGGACCUAUGAGCUUUUCUUACUGGAAGGCCUUUGGAAACAUCGCUUUUGCCAUGUCUCUGAGGCUUGACAUUCUUAUGGAAGUCGGAUCGAUUCUCAACCCUGCAUCUGCGCAGCAACUCCUGAUUGGCAUGGAGACUUUGAGUCUUCGCUGCGAACGCCACGCCACCAACACCAUGGCUGUUGCGCGCUAUUUGGAAUCUCAUCCUAGGGUCGCAUGGGUAAACUAUCCUGGCCUCGAGAACAACCAGUACCAUGCGAAUGCGAAGAAAUACCUCAGGAAGGGCUUUGGAGGUGUACUCUCCUUUGGCCCCAAAGGUGGCGAUGUGGCAAGCAAGAUGCUGCUGAACUUUGUCAAGAUUAUAUCCCACCAGACGAAUGUCGGCGACUCCAAAACGCUGGCUACUCACCCAUGGAACUCUACCCACGUUAUCAUGUCCGAAAAGGAUAGACGUGAGGCCGGAAUCACACCUGCUUUCAUUCGUUUCUCGGUAGGAACCGAGGAUGUUAAUGACAUCAUUGGUGAUCUUGACCAGGCUCUCGCAAAGCUACCCGCUGACCUCGUGGCCGAGCAUGAUCAGAAAUUGGAAGUUAAGGUUCGUGAAGUUGCCGCCAAGGUGGAAGCAGGCGAGAAGAUGUCCAAUGGCAUCGAGUACACGGAUGCGGAUGUCAACACGUCGAGAUCAAACGUUCCACUCAGUCUGCAAACGAUGCCUGGAAAUGCAUAG